UUUGGAGUUGGGGGUCAGAAAAGCUACCCCAACUCCGAAUCCCCAAGCCGAGUCUAGCGAGUCCCACUCGGCGUGCUAAGUUCUAACAGAGGACGCAUAUCGACUGAAAGUGAGGAACUCCAGAUCAAAAGAAGAAGAUCCCUGACCGGCGGUGUUCAAAGUGUGAGGUCAAGAAGGCGAGCGUGAGCCUCGGCUUUUCUACUUGAAAAAUGAAUAUCAUGAAUCUUGCGACAACAUUGUGCAGACGAGCUAACCUCAAAGAGUUGGUGACACAUGUUCCUGUGUACAGUGGCCUACAUGAUGCUUCUGGAGGAGGAUCGAGCUUCAUUAGCAGGCGCUGGGCCACGAAAAAGACUGCUGGAUCUACUAAGAAUGGACGAGACUCAAAACCCAAGAAUCUCGGAGUGAAGAAAUUUGGAGGGGAGAGGGUGAUACCUGGGAACAUCAUAGUUCGUCAGCGAGGCACUCGUUUCCAUCCUGGUAAUUAUGUUGGGAUGGGAAAGGAUCACACUCUUUAUGCUCUGAAAGAAGGGUGUGUCAAAUUUGAACUUCACAAGUUGAGUGGUCGCAAGUGGGUGCAUGUUGAACCCAAGGAAGGCCAUGUUCUUCACGCUGUCUACUCAGAUGCUGCUGCCUCUGAGUUAAAGACAACUGCUUAAAGUCAUAUUAUGUUGAGAUUGCCAUUGGACAGUGGAUGCAUUGCUUGUGAGUUGUGUCCCUUCUUCUUCAUCUUUGUGGGCCCUCACCAUAGAGCCUUUUGUUUAGAUACAGUUUCCUCAUGAUGUCUCAGUUCUGGAUGUGCAAAAUAUUGAAAUAAUAGGUAGCUCAAUUUUGGUGUU